AAGCGGAAAGAAAGAAUGUUCGAUUUGACGGGCAAGCAUGUAUGCUAUGUGGCGGAUUGCGGAGGAAUUGCACUCGAGACCAGCAAGGUUCUCAUGACCAAGAACAUAGCGAAACUGGCCAUUUUACAGAGUGUAGAAAAUCCCCAGGCAAUUGCCCAGCUUCAGUCCAUAAAGCCUAGUACUCAGAUAUUUUUCUGGACCUACGAUGUGACCAUGGCUAGAGAAGAAAUGAAAAAGUACUUUGAUGAGGUGAUGGUUCAAAUGGAUUAUAUAGAUGUUCUGAUCAAUGGGGCUACUUUGUGUGAUGAAAACAAUAUCGAUGCCACUAUUAAUACAAAUCUUACGGGAAUGAUGAAUACUGUAGCCACGGUAUUGCCUCAUAUGGAUAGGAAAAUGGGGGGAUCUGGUGGACUUAUUGUGAAUGUUACCUCGGUUAUAGGAUUGGAUCCAUCGCCAGUUUUCUGUGCCUACAGUGCUUCGAAAUUUGGUGUUAUUGGGUUUACCAGGAGUCUAGCUGACCCUCUUUACUAUUCCCAAAAUGGAGUUGCUGUCAUGGCAGUUUGUUGUGGUCCCACCAGGGUCUUUGUGGAUCGGGAACUAAAAGCUUUUCUGGAGUAUGGUCAAUCCUUUGCCGAUCGCCUGCGUCGUGCUCCCUGCCAAUCCACAUCGGUUUGUGGCCAAAAUAUUGUCAAUGCCAUCGAGAGAUCGGAGAAUGGUCAGAUAUGGAUUGCAGAUAAAGGCGGAUUGGAAUUGGUCAAGUUGCAUUGGUACUGGCAUAUGGCGGAUCAGUUUGUUCAUUAUAUGCAAAACAACGAUGAAGAGGAUCAGGAUUAAAGUCGAAUCAAAUAAACCAACGAAUUCCACCAAAAGUAGGCAAUUCAUUUUAAAUAUGACAAUAGAUAUGGGUCAUCUAUGGGGUGUGAAUGAAUAAUGACAUAUAACGGGGUGCCUAAAAGUAUGCAGCAAGUUUCGGUGGGAACUAUAAUUUGAUGCGUUUAAUUAGGUGGUUCGGGAAAUCUUUUUUCACUGAUUUCUAUAAGUCAACAGGCUUUGGGAAAAUGCACACAAAGAAAGCAAAUUUCCAAUAGUUUGCCUUGAUUACUUUUACACCUCCUUGCACUUCCUAUCAAGUGCUUUCAUUUAAAUUUUCUCUCCUCAACCUUUGAUCUGAAUUGCAAAUGUAAAAUCAAGACCAACUACUCAAGGCUUUUCCGCCAUCAAUAUCCGCAGCAUUUUCGUGCACAUUUCUAGACCGUCUCUAGUGCAUCUCAACUAUGCGAAUGCGAGUCGAAAUUUUGCCAGAGCAAUGCCGUGCAUUGAACUUUGGCACAUUUCCAAACGCACAGCCAGCCAGGCAGCAAAAAGGAAACCCAAUCGGACGACCGAGAAUUGAAUGAAAAAACAAACAAAUCUGCCGACACAUUGCCCAGGAAUAUUCGGAGUGAGUAGCUAUAGUUACAGUCAGAGAAAUGAUAUAGUAUUUUGUAAUAUUUU